CACUCCGGUCUAUUUUAUCUAGCAACACUGCACUGUCAUUUGUUUAUUUGAUGAUUUUGUUUAUUAUGAUUCGAAUCUACAAACUUUAGUAUUUUGUUAUUUAAAAUGUCACAUAACUUUAGCAUUGAAAAUGUGAUGAAGCUAUGCCGGGCUUGCCUUACCACCGGAGACAACUUACGCAUAAUGACUUAUGAAGAAACAAAUACUUACAAACUUAUAUUGAACGAGAUGAAUAGCAGUUACGAAGCAAUAUAUACUUGUCAAAAUUGUGGUUUCUUACUCGAAAAGAUAACAAAGUUUGUGAAACAGUGUCAAGAUGCCAGCGUCCUGUUAAAGCAGCAUUCGUACCAGGAUAUAAAACCAAAUCUAGUGAAUGACAAAUCAUUAUAUCAUUUCAAAUGUACACCACCAGUUUAUCACUACAUUGGCCCAAAUUGGGACUUAAACGAUGAUGAUUUUGACAAUGAUGAUGUGCCGUUAUCAAAUUUUCUCAACGGUGAUGUAAAAAAGGAAAAAGUCAGAAAAAAGAAGAGGAAAAAGUUAAAAAAUGAGGUCACAGAAUUAGAGAUCGAACAAGAAAUUCCUAUAAAGAUAGAGCAAGAGUUAACCGAAUCUAGUCAAGUUGCUGAUCUGGACUUAAGUAGAGAGAAUCCGAUGCCAGUACCAGCCAAACCCAGGAGGCAGAAGGUUGUCAAAGAGGGAUUUACAUCUAGGAUGGUCCAAGAAACAGACGAGUAUGUAGUCAUCAAGUUAACGAAAGAACAGGUGUUACAAGAGAUGCAGGAGAGAUCCAAAACGGUGGAGUACCAGAGGACGUUGUUCAAGUGCGAGAAAUGUGUCAAGGGGUUCAAUUUCGAGGAUGUACUGAGGAGUCACAUGGUGAAGCACUCACAGGAAAACGGUACAUUUUUGUGCGAGAUAUGCACACAGUACUGUCCCAGCGUGGUGUCGCUGCGCGGACACAUGAAGUCGCAUACUACAAGGUACGCGUGCAAGGUGUGCGCGCUGCGGCGCGGCUCGCGGCAGCACGUGCUCGAGCACCACGCGCUCGCGCACGCCGCACGCGCCGCGCUCUACGCCUGCCGCCGCUGCGCCUACACCACGCAUAAACGCACCGUGAUGCAGCGCCACGCGCGCUCCCACGGCCCUCGCGAGAAACUGUCCUGUCCGCGCUGCGGGAAGCUGUUCCUUAACGUCGAGACGCUGCGAGUCCAUACCACGCGUCACGACAAAUCGAAACGGCUGCAAUGCGAGCACUGCAACAGGAUGUUCAUAUAUCCGUCGAUGCUGCACCAGCAUAUACAGGCUGUUCACGUGCGGAAGGACUACUACUGUGUGGAAUGCGAUAUCAAAUUUAAAUCCAGGGAUAAUUUAAGGCUACACUUCAAGAAAGCGAAAAGACAUCGAGAUGCGUCCUCUUACCAGACGCGCGCUUGGACUCGCCAGACACACACGCAGCCACGUAUACAUGCACCGCCGCGCGGACACACUCGUCUCAGAAAGACGACAACUAUACUGUUCCAAACAGACAGGACACCGAGGAAUAAUUACAUAACAGAACAAACAGCAGAGCUUGUACCUUUCGCAGUUUGGACGCCGAACGGCCAACACUGGGCUUCAAGCAGCGAUCCAGUAAUUUGCCUGAAGAUGCCUCGUUUACUGGUGCAACACGUGUCGCAAAACGUUUUUAUUUUUUAUACAACUUAGAAUGGCAAACAAGCUGACGGCCCACCUGAUGGUAAGUGGUAACCGUCGCCUAUACACAUGAGUAGAGGGCCUACCAUGAAGUAUUUUCCGAAAUUUCGGGAACGAACGAAACAGAAAUUUUAUGUUAAAAUUACAUAAUACAUGCUGUUUAAAAUUAUUAAGAAUGUUAGAAUAUCGUUCCUUUGGACUAUUAGGAUAGGAUUUAUGAUGAACGAAAUGUUAAGCUCCAUUUACUGGCACGAUUUUGAUACGAAUAAAAACACGAAAUUGAGCCCGAAAUUUCGAAAUUUAAUUUUAUGGUAGACCACCAGUACCAUGGACAUAACAGAGUAUACUGUUUCGCCCAUAAUACCCCCCAUGCGUUGCCAUUCCUGAGGACACAGGUGUUAUUCCUCUGUACCCAGUAAAUUCACGCCAUAUCCCACCCUUCAAACCGAAACAGCCAUGCAAACAACUGCUUCACGGUUGAAACACGAAUGGAACAGAGGUACCCGAGCAAUCGACUUUUGUACAGUCUCCCUCUGGACAAAAUGACA